ACAAAUGAAUUUUUUUUUCCGCACAUAGCUGAGAAGGAUUUAGAGGGAACAUUGUGCACAACCCCUAAUAGUCAUGCUUUUAAACGUAAUCCUGCAUCCUCAACCUUGCCUGCAAUAAAGGCCCACUGCAAUACUAAGCUCACACCAUUUCAAUAUUUGCUGAUUUCUCCACAAAGGCACAGAAGCAGCAGGCUAUAUUCUAUGAGGCUAAAAGGCAACUCAGAGAAGCUAAAACUGGAUUAAGCUAUGCUAUAUCCCGCAAGGUUCAGGGUCAUAGUGAGCGGAAAAAUGUAUUUCUUUACAGCUCCACAAGAGGUCAAUUACUGUCUGGAUAGUAUGCCCUAAUGCUUCACACAGACAGUGCACUUCAGCCUAGGCAGCUCUGGACUUGAACCCUUCACCAAUGUCACAUCACCUACGAAGUCCAACCAGGCCUUUGGUAUCCUGCACCCUAGGACUACCAGGGCACAGCAACACCCAUACAAACCCAGCUUCAAGGUCAAGGAGCUCUAAUCCUUAAAUGUUGCUGAAUGGCAGACAAACACUCCUCUUCCUGUAGACAGUUGAUGGACGUUGCUUCACUAUACGUACUAACGAUAUAUAUUAUCUAUGGGUGCAAGCAGGUGAACUACCAACUGAACUAUUGUGGGAUCCGACUGAGAGACACCUGUAAACUUUCACUUAAAGCCUGGGGUGGUAGAAAGCAGCAGACUCCUACCUAAAGGCUACAUGAGUCCCCAUAGAGAGGCCUAGGCACACCUCACGUCAUAAAGAAAUUCUUUUUGUUUUUUAAGUUUUUUUGAGUUCUACCCAGAGUUGGGUUCUGUGUAGAAGGGGAGGAUUGUGCAUUGUUGGGUUCAUUAUGUUUCAGAUGUUUUAUUUAGGCAAUUGGCUAGUUGGUAUAUGCAAACUGAAUACACUUACCAGAGAUCUACUCUGUUUAUGGGGUUGCCUCUUGUUUCCAUCCCCUAUUCUAGUAAAUGUCAAUAAGGGUAGUGAGCUGGUAUGAAUGACCCUAUAAAAAAGAAGUAAGUCCUGGAUUAAGUUAGGAAGGACACUGUUAUCCUAUUGCAGGAAACACAUCUCAUAGGAAGCAAGAUUUUGUCUCUAAAGGAACCAUGGGUAGGAUGACAUUUCCACUCCAUCCACACUACCCACUCCUCUAGGGUAGCAAUCCUCAUGGCAAGGUGGAGAACAUUCAUACUGAUCAUGCGGGGAGAUAUGUGUUCCUACAGGGGUAUAUGGUCUGACUUGAGGUUAUACUGGCAUCAAUAUAUAUAUUCCUCCUCCAUACAAGGAUGAGGUCCUCAUGCACCUAGCCUUAUUUAUGGGCACCUACCCUAGAACAUACUGCAUAGUUGCGGGAGACUUUAACUCAGUGAUAGCCCCAGCUCUAAAGAGCAAUCUACCAAUUCAAAAAAUUUCUUAGCCUCCAUGAACCUCUCCACCUUAACCCCUCAACUAAGCAGUAUUCCUGCUUCUAUUCCUCACACUUAUCGUGAAACGACUUGGCCCUUAUGAAUCACAAAACACUCCUGCUGGUUCAGCAUAUACAGUACAAGCCAGGAACGGUAUCUGACCACUCACCAGUGGCUUUCCAAAUAUAUUUUUUGCAAAAUCCACAAUUGCCCCGCUGGUCCCUUAAUCCUACCAUGAUCUCAUUUGCAGACUUGAAUCGCAAGGAGAGUCUCCCGAACUCGCAAUGGCUAACCUACCAAACGAUAAGGGCAGUAUAACUGAAGCAUCAUAAAAAGAAACUGACCCUAGAAUGUACUAAGGCAGACUUGAGUGUCAUGACAACAAAAUCAAAGGGGAAAAUAUCAUAGCUAUACAACACAGUACUGGUGGCCAAGCUGGGGACCUCUCAGAUCAAGUUGAGGGUCACUAAGGAAGGGGAUGUAGGGUAGCAGUACAAGCCCCCAGAAGGGUCUCAGUAUCUCCUAAACAUAGAAUAUUGCAGCUGUAAAUGAUUCACAGGACGUACUGCGCUAGAUGUAGACUACAUAGAAUAUACCCACACAGCUAUGGACCCUAAUCCACACACUGUCUGGAACUGUCGCUAAGUAAACUGUCAGGCAUUACUGGGGUCAGCAAUUUGAAACCGUGUAUCCUAAAUAUUAUGUGACAUGAACCGCAGUAAAAGCCUUUUUUAUCACAAAGCCUGUUCAUAGCCCAGAAACAGAUCACUUCGAUACAAACACUUGAAAGGGAAUAUGGACAAUCACUGGGAACUUGAGAAAUACCUGUAUAUGCUCUAAUAUUGAGCUUCUUUUUCUUGCCCAUAUUAGUGUAAUAUCAGGCUUCACACAAUAAAAUCUAAUCACAUUUACAUGACGCAAGCUGUUUUCCUGGGCUGACAUCCCAUCCAAUGGUUUUGUAGCAAUAACCUUUAGGUGGAUUAAUGGCAAACUGAGCCAGUGAUUAAAUGUGCAUUACAUGCAGACUGAUUUGUCAAGAAUCCCCGCCUUGUUUAUGAAGCAAUCACAUUUGUGCACUUUUCUCAUAAUCCUCAUUUAAUAGCGAUCAUUCUGUGCCGUCCAAUAACAUUUUUUAGAGGGAUGAAACAGGAAAAGCCAAAUGGUGUUCAUUGGGAUAAUGCAGAGGACUGUGAGUCUAUGUACAGUGAAUGCAGCCAUAACAGCCCUGGAAAUCAGAUACACAUAUGAUUAGUAGAUACUUGUGAAAUGACACAAUCGCAUGGGAAUAGGGAUGUUUGCCAAGAUUCUAAAUGCUUUGCUUUUUGUGCAACCAAUUUAUGCCAUUUGGGCAUGUUACCGCUCCUGCCCAUCAAACUGUGUUUGUACUGAGGAAAGAAGCUGCUCGGUUUUAUGUGAUCGGAUUGGACUCCCAGAGAUCCCUAAGGAAUUCCCUUGUGAAGCUUCCUUUAUUAACCUUGACAAAAACAACAUCAAAUUUCUAUAUGAAAGAGCAUUUGGGACUCUGCCUUUAUUGAAAGGGCUCUCGCUGAGUCACAACAACAUAUCCUUCAUCACUCCAGGGGCUUUCAAAGGACUUCCUAACCUGAUGGAGCUGAAAAUGGCACAUAAUGAUUACAUUCGCUAUUUGCACACUCGAACAUUCUCAGUUCUGAAGAAGCUUGUUAAACUUGACCUAGCCGACUGCAACCUUUUCAACAUCCCAGACAGAAUUUUUGUGGAACUCCCUUCUCUUCACGAGCUUAUCUUUUUUCAAAAUAAUUUCCGAAGAAUACCAGGUGCUAUCAGGGGAAUGGAGAAUUUAACUCAUAUUUACCUGGAAAGCAACAGAAUCGAAGCUGUGGCCUAUAAUUCUCUCCAAGACUUAAUCAACCUAAAGUAUCUUAACCUUCAAGACAAUAAAAUUAAUGUAAUACACGACAGGUCUUUCCAAGACUGCCAAAAAAUGGAAUAUCUCUAUCUUAACGACAACUUAUUGGAUGUGUUACCGGAAAAUUCUUUCAAAGGCUUAAAGCGCUUGAAGAUGCUUAACAUGGGUGGAAAUUUUAUAAGGAAUGUGUCAAGUGCGUGGUUUCAGGAUUUAGUAGAACUAGAGGUUCUCUAUCUUGACCGGAACAAAAUAAGUUACAUUGAAGAAGGGGCCUUUGAAAAUCUCACUAGCUUGGUAACAUUGCAUCUGAACAGCAACAAUCUAACCACUUUACCAUUUGAAGUUUUUAGACCGGUUUAUUUUUUGGGUAGACUUUUUCUCUUUAGGAAUCCCUGGGAAUGUGACUGCAGGAUAAAAUGGUUACAAGACUGGAUGGAUAACUAUAAGCUUGUCCGCGAUGUACCCUGCACAGCCCCAGAAUUGGUGGCAGGCAUGGACCUGAGUAGUAUAAUGUUUAAGAAGUCACAGGAUGGAAUUUGUUUGGACCCAACUGACGAAAACUUUACAUAUUUUGUCCCACUCCCUACAGAUGGUCUUCAGUCAACUAUGGAAACCAAACUAAGCAGUCUUAUCUCACUCCUCCUACUACCAAGAGGAAAUUAUGAAGAUCCUGGGAAUAUAACAGAUUCUUUAUACAAUGCAACAUUACCUGAUGGGAAGAACAAUGCAUCUCUAUGUCUUUCAGUGCAAGUAAUAACCUACAUACUGUGCUUUGUUCUAACUGAAGGCUUUCUGCUGCUCUAAAUGGUCAGAUAUUACAUUGUAAGACAUUUGAUGAAAUAUAACAUUUGUUAAAAGACCAGUAGGUAUAUAAAACCUUGACUUUCUUGUCUCUGGGGACUUACAUGGAAGGUAACAUGCUUAUAAACUAUAAUGGGCAUAUUUUCCUCUAUCUAUCUAUCUAUCUAUCUAUCUAUCUAUCUAUGUUGUUUGAAUGCCGGCACUCACGAAAAGGUGAUCAAUAUUGCCUGGGUACAAUCCUCAAAAAUUAUAUAUACACGUAGCUACAUAGGCCACACUCUCAUAAAGACACUUAACACGGGUGCUGCACCUGGUUGAAUAUUCACAUAUAAGAACAGAAGCUGUGUGCACACCUUCCAAAAUCUUCCAAAUUAGUUUUAUUUAUUGCAGUAAUGAAUGAUACAUUAACUUUUCGGUUUUGGUCUAAAACCUUUUUUCGAAAUGUCCACUAUUACAAUUACAUAAAUUAGAUAAUUGUAAUAGUGGACAUUUUGAAAAAGGUUUUAGACCAAAACGUUAAUGUAUCAUUCAUUACUGCAAUAAAGAAAACAAUUUUAGAAGAUUUUGGAAGGUGUGCUUCUGUUCAUAUAUAUAUAUAUUUCUAUAGGGAAAAAAAUUGUAAUCAACAGUGUUAUGCCAAAAAACUUUAACUAUAUAGUUAAAGUCUUUUCCCAAAGGUAAGGACAGUUUUGGAAAACUUGAACGAUUAUCCAGAAAAUCCUUAAUUUGAUCAUGAAUUCUGAUCUAUUGUUACCUUGGAAGUUGGAAACAUGGGUUGGAUAAUAAUAAGGUUGGAUAAAUACGUUUAAGUUAGGUUGAAAAAAAGACACACAUCCAUCAAGUUCAAUCUUUUAACUCUGUUUUAACCUGCCUGAAGCCUCUACGAUUUGCCUCAGAUGGGGAAAAAAUUCCGUCCUGACUCCAAAAUGGCAAUCAGACUAGUCCCUGGAUCAAC